AUGGCAGUUAACUUUAAUGACCCAACGUGCGGCUUCAGUCAUCGGGAGGUGGUGGAGUUCAUCAACAAGCAGAUUCGGAAGAGUGGCUUGAAGUCGCACUUCUACCGGGUGAAGGCGUGUCACUCGUGGAACGAUAUGGAGAAGAAGUUGCGAGACGUUGUGACCGAUUCGGAAAUCUCGGAGGCCGCCAAGGAAGCUUGUGCCUGGCGCACCCUGGCGAGGGCCGUGACCUUAGCGGAGAGGCAGAAGCGGGAGGCCAAGUUCAAGAUGAAGAGGCUGCGGGAGCUGCUUCACGAGCAGAGGCUGUUCAGUAACGUCUUGGUGGGGACGGUGAAGCGACUGAGGGAGGUGCAGGCCCAGGAGAGGGAGAGGGCCCAGGGGGAGCUACAGCAGCUCCGGGCGCGGGUCCAGGGCGUCGUGGAGGAGCGCAACUUCCUCCACAGCAAGCUGGUGGCAUUCUUAAGGGCGCCCGCUGGCAUCACUCGAGGAAGGGAGAGCGAGGAGGAGAGGCGCCAGGCAGCGGGCCCGAUGCUUUGCCCUUCGCAAGGUGGAGGCGGUUACUGGGCCACGGAUGGGGCACAAAGCCGAGGGAUGCGGAUGCUAGGGAAGGACGCACGCACGUCGGGGCUCGCCCUGGCUGCUCCAGAGGCCAGGGAGGGGCGGAUGGUGGCGCAAGGGGCGGCCAGCGGAAGGGUAGGUAACUUGUCUUAUCCCCAGGUCGUGAAGAGAGACCAGGAGAGUCCACUGCACGCCUUUAACCUAACAGCACCCAAUUACUCCUCAGUCUCUUCCUUUCCUCCCAGUGGCUGCGCGGAAGUUCCUCCCAGAAGGAGCACGGGAACAGGUUGGAGCGAGCUCCAGACAGCCAUGGAGCCCUUCACCCAGGGGGCCGUGACGGAAUCCAGCGGCCCACCGUCUGCCAAACGUGUCAUUAAGCGCAAAGCGGGAGACUGGGAUUGUAAAACGUGCUUUUCAAUGAAUUUUUCCUGGCGGAAGAUAUGUUAUUUUUGUGGGAAAGCCCGGGGGGCGACAGGAGACGAGAAAGCCUCAGCUCUCGUCUAG